UUCCGUGCGUUUUCAGGGCGGGGACUCUUUCAAAAAUCAUAUCGGCGUCGGCACAAGGGGGCGCUCUGACGUGAGUGCCAAUCGCCGCCGGGUCGGCGCGGUGACGAGUUUCGUCACCCACGUCCGCAAUCUGACCACAAUAGCCGCUGCUCUAGCGGAUGACCUCAUUCGCUCAGCGUAACAUCCAGUCUUCAGUAUCGUACAACAACUAGCUCUCAUUCAUCAAGAUGUCUGGUCGCGGAAAAGGAGGAAAGGGUCUUGGAAAGGGUGGUGCCAAGCGUCAUCGCAAGGUUCUACGAGACAACAUCCAAGGUAUCACGAAGCCUGCUAUCCGCCGUCUAGCAAGAAGAGGUGGAGUCAAAAGAAUCUCUGGUCUCAUCUACGAAGAGACACGCGGUGUACUGAAAGUCUUCUUGGAGAAUGUCAUCCGUGAUGCCGUCACCUACUGUGAGCACGCCAAACGCAAGACCGUCACAGCCAUGGACGUGGUCUAUGCACUGAAGAGGCAGGGCCGUACCCUGUACGGUUUUGGCGGCUAGUCUGAUACUACGGUUAUGGCUAGAAAUAACGGCUCUUUUCAGAGCCAC